AAAGCGUCCAUUCACUGUUGAGAAAAUAAUCGGCCAUAGAACUCUCAUGGGUAAUGUCGAAUAUCUUGUCAAGUGGUUGAAUGUCUCCGAAGAGGGUAGUACUUGGGAACAACCCAGUAGCCUGGUCUGCGACCAUUUGAUCGCCGCCUAUAAUCUUCAAGACCUGAACGAUGUGUACGAAAAGAAAGCAAAACGAUUGAAAGUUGACCCCACGCCAGUCAUUGAUAAUCCUUUUAGUCGUGGCUUUGAGGCUGAAAAAAUACUCAACAGUUUCAAAAACGGAGAAGAAAUAUCGUUUCUAAUAAAGUUUCGUAAUCUGGAGCUGCCGCUAAUGAUCAAGUCCUACGUGGCCUAUGUGGAAAUACCCGACAUGGUCUUUAAGCACUACGAAAAGACAUGCACAUUUGUAACACCUAAAUAGCAAUCUAUGAAGAAGAUCAAUCGCUUGGCCACAACCCAAAUAAGCUGCGGCAAAGCACUGAACAAUUCCUAAAUCGAAUAUUAUUUUUAUUUGAAGUUCUUUAAAGAUGUUCAACGUUUGCACUUGAUUUCUAUUGCAUUCAAUUGUGCCACUUUGCGUAACAUAAUAGAAGG